AUGGCCGAACUUAUUAUUUCACAUGGUGCAAAUAUCAAUGAAAAAGAUGAAGAUGGAAAAACUGCUCUUCAUUAUGCUGCACAAGAAAACAAUAAAGAAAUAGCUGAACUUCUUAUUUCACAUGGUGUGAAUGUCAAUACAAAAGAUUAUCUAGGGAGAACCGCUCUUGAUAUUGCAAUAAUUAAAAACAAUAAAGAAACAGCAGAACUUCUUAUUUCGCAUGGUGCAAACAUUAACGAAAAUGACAAAUCCCAUCUUAAUUAUACCAUGCAUACACUACUAUAA